AUGGAACUUCCAAGCGAUGACGAAAUCCUAACGACAUUGAGCACACAUGUGGCCUAUCCAAACAGUGAUCUUGAUCCCAUGUACGUUGUCAACGUUACGUUACAAAGACAGUGUGAAGUAUGGGUGAGAGCCACAGGAGGAGAAGGAGAAGAAAUUCUAUUCGAUUCAUACCCAACUGCUCCAGAAUCAAGUUGUUUGUUCCGAAUUCCUAUUGAAGUUGUUGCUGUGCCUGCUUCAUGCAUUCAUUACCUUGCCCACAUGAUUUCUGGCUUCAAUCUUGAUGCUUCCUUAUGUAACUAUUUGGCCUCAAAAAUUGCUUCCCAGGCUUACGGUCUAAUAGGACGCUUUAGAGGAUUCUAUGUGACAGCUAAUGUGCGUCUUGUUCAUAAAGAAGUCCAUGAAGUUACACCCGAGGAGAUUAGGACAAUGUUUGAUAGAGAAGGUGUUGCUGUACCUAGGGGUGCAUCCGAAACAGCGUUGAAGAAGUUGGAGAAGGAGAGGUUUUACUUGAAGCAGAACCAGGGCCAUGGUGAUUCUUCUUCUGGGGAUAGUUGUGUAGUUUGUUUGGAUGACUUCUCUGCUUCUGUUGAGCUCACAAAGUUACCUUGCUCUCAUGUGUUUCAUGAAAAAUGCAUCUUUCGUUGGUUGCAAGAUUCCAAAUCCUGCCCACUUUGCAGAACUGAUGUGGAAUAG